CGAUAGGUAGAAAAUCCAACGGUGAGUAUUAGUUUGAAAUACGCAGUUUCUCGAAGAAGAGUCUGGCUUAGAUUUGAGAGCAAGAACCAACCCCUUUCGACCCAAAAGCCGCCAUCUUCAUCGUAAUCUCCUGAGGCAUUCGAUAGCCGCGUUUGAAGAAGAGUUAGGAUCGCCAUGGGGAAGCAACCUGUUCGGAUGAAGGCUGUGAUCUAUGCUUUAUCGCCGUUCCAGCAGAAGACCAUGUCAGGGUUAUGGAACGACUUGACCGGCAAGAUUCACCAUAAGAUCUCCGAGAACUGGAUAAGUGCCACCCUUCUAAUCACCCCCGUCGUCGGAACCUACACGUACGCACAGCAGUACAAGGAGAAUGAAAAGUUGUCUCACAGGUACUGAAAGCGCCUGGACCUUGAAGAAGUCAAAAUGGAGCUCUGAUUUCUUAGGCUAUGAGGAUGUGCUUUUAUUUUGAGGAACAUUUUCUCACUUGUUUGUUGGNUUUUUUUUUUUUUUUUUUUUUUUUGUCGAUCAGUGUUACACGCAUUGGAAUGAUGCGAACUGAUGCGUAAUCGCCACCCUCUGCAGACUUCUCAAUACCAACCAAACUUUUAAGGCUCUGAUUAGAUUCCAUGA